AUGAGGGAAAGGGGAGGCAGGAGGAGAAGAGACGAGGAGGUCCAAAUGUCAGGUGAAUUGGACUUCAGAUUGGACCUGUUCUUCAUUAAAACUGCCAAGAUGGUUUUCAGACGGAGAAAAUCCAGGCUUCAAAUUUUACAACUAAUGAGAAUAACGGCAAUUGCUUUGGUCUCCAUCCUUUUAUGGAAUUUAUCAGGAUUUUCCUUCUGUCGUCAAGAGUCAAGCCUUUGUGCCUGUCUCAAAUGUCUAACAGACAGUGAUCCUUGGUUUAAUUACAUUAUCAGUGAAGCUCCUAAACCCUUUAUGUCAUGGAAACAUAAACCUUCAGAGGAAGAUUUCAACUGGUGGAAGGCCUUACAGGGGAAAAAAGAAAACUUCACUUUCUACAAUAAAACACUACAAAGUGUGUUUGAGACGAUAACACUAAUUGCAGAUAUUGAAGAACCUCGGCCUGAUCGCUGCAGGAGCUGCGCUGUGGUGGGGAAUUCAGGAAAUUUGAGAGGAUCACAUUAUGGACCAAUGAUAGAUGCCCAUGAUAUCGUAAUAAGAAUCAAUCGAGGGCGUACCAAAGGCUAUGAAACAGACGCUGGAACCAAAACAACUCAUCAUGUCAUGUAUCCAGAAAGUGCUACUAGACUGGACAAUACCACUAAUCUUUUGUUUUUUCCCUUCAAAACACCUGACUUUUUGUGGCUUCUCAAGGCCUUAAAUCCCAGGGAAAAUGGUGCCCCAAACUCCAAAAAGAUAGCUAACAAGGAUUUGGCAGUAUAUGGAGGAUGAAGGCACUGAUACCACUGACUGGCCUCCCCGCUUGCUUUACUUUGAUCAAAUAGAACACUUUGGUGACAUUGUUUCCUCACAUCCGAUGCUGCUAGGUUGCACCUCAGAUUGUCCAGGAGCUCAGGGAUGCCCUGGUCCAGUUCUGGGAGGCGAUACACCAUAACACCAUCAUUAGGAGCGUGCCCUGACAUUCGCAGGCAUGCAUACAAAAAUGCAAGUUCACACAAACUAUCAAGUGCUGUUAUGAAUUGCUAAAAAUCAAAUUUUGGCAAAAUGGACUAGCCUGCCGCAUGAUUUUUUUUCACUGUGAUUUUCAGGAUGUCUUCGAUGGCAGCUGUCUGGAAUUUGAUAAUUUUCAUUUCCAUAAAAUGAUGUUACAUCCUUUCAUGUCAAACACAUUACCCAGUAUAUAUCAGUAUAGAUAUCCAGCAUGGUUUUUUUUCCCCAUUGAGAUCUGAUAUGUUUUCAAAGUCUUCCAUUACUUUUUUGAGUAGUAUAUUUUAUUGUGCAUUAAUUGCAGAAAGGAAUGAUGAAUAAAACUCAGAUUUAAGGCUCUGUCUGAUUCAUAACAGGUGAUGAUCCUUCAUCCAGCUUUCAUGAAAUAUGUUCAUGAAGUCUGGCUGAGAAGGAGGGGAGCUUAUCCAUCCACUGGCUUUCUUACUGUUGUUCUCAGCUUACUGAUGUGUGAUGAGGUCAAUAUCUUUGGGUUCGGAGCAGACAGCGAAGGAAACUGGAGCCAUUACUUUGAAAUCCUCCGAAACAAAAAAUUAAAAACAGGAGGCCAUCCGGGACAAGAAGAAUAUAAAAUGAUUGAUAGAUUACACAAGAGGAAGAAAAUAUUUUUUUUUAAAGGAUGGUAGUUUUUUCUGUUUGCAUUUCUCACUUUAUCAGUUGCAAAUCAGUUUUAAAUAAGAAUAUAUAAAAUGCAUUAUUUUCUCCCAAGUCGUGGCAGUCAGUUAUUUUGACUGACUGCAUCAAAAACUAUUUACAUAUUUUCCAAAAACAAAGUACUUUUUGCUUGACUCUAAAAUAUAGGGUUAGGGUUUGCAUUCAGAGCAAGGGUUGUCAGCGAUCAAGUCUUAGACCAAGAAACAAAGAAUAGAUGCUUGUUGCUAAAGGGUUAUUUUAUUAUUUCAUAUUUGAUUGGAUACACGGUGUGCAUGUGUAUUAUCCAAUCACACACCAGCAGACAAAUUUAAUGUCCAAAUUAUAGUACUGGUUGCCAGAUUCAAUAAAGAAUUUACUGAUGCAUUUAAGGUCUCAAUUAGUUUAAUAUCGUAUUGAUUACAAAAUUAUGCUUGUAUUAUACAAUAUGUCAAAGAAUCUUUUUUUUGUUUUUUUACAUGACAUCUGAAAUAAGUGUUUAAAACAAACACUGGCAGAAUCAGGCAGCCCGCUGCUGUGACCUGUUGGGGGUGAAGGGAAAGAGCAAUGUGCAGUUGAAAUUUUGAAAUGCUACAUGGGACAAAGUUUGUGGAAACUGACAUAAUCAUUGUACCAUAAAUUAACAUUAAAAAGUGUCUUA